GUCCUCUCCAUUCAACGUGCUUCCAUUCGAUCAUGGUGAGCUCACCAUUCAUACUGAGGCAAUUGAGUCUCCCUCAGCGUGUACGGUCAAAGGUCCUGUUGAACACAGGAUAUCCUGCACUGGCAGCACUGCGGCAAGUCCAGAGUGGAGUUCAUAUCAAAUUUUAUAAUGCUCUUUACAGCACUCAAGCAGCUAUCCCCGAUCUGACAGAUAAACCAUACUACAUCACGACACCAAUUUUCUAUGUUAAUGCGGUUCCUCAUAUUGGGCAUUUGCAUUCAGCGGUCCUUGCGGACACCUUCAAACGCUUCCACGUGAUGAAAGGCCGCAAAGCAUUAUUGAGUACAGGGACGGACGAACAUGGACUGAAAAUACAACAAGCCGCAAUGCUAGCAGGAGUAAAAGAGAUUGAUUUAUGUGAUCAGGUUUCUCAGCGGUUCAAAGACUUGUUUGAUGCAGCCAAUAUCAGUUAUACUACAUAUAUCAGAACAACAGAACCACGCCACACCAUCACUGUCAAGGAGCUCUGGCAAAAGUUGUGGGAUAAUGGAUAUAUCUAUAAGGGACAGCACGAGGGUUGGUAUUCCAUUUCUGAUGAAGCAUUUUAUGCGUCAACACAAGUUGAAGAGAGGAUUGAUGAAAAGACGGGUAGUAAAUACCAUAUCGCCAUUGAGACAGGAAAGCUAGUUGAAUGGACAACAGAGGAGAAUUAUAAAUUUAAGCUGAGCGCUUUCACCGAUCGGUUACUCGAAUGGCUAGAUCAAAACCCUGAUGCUAUCGUGCCCAAGAGCCGACAUCAAGAGGUCCAAAGCUGGAUCAGGAAUGGGCUUUCUGACUUGUCCGUUUCAAGAUCUAGAUCAAGAUUGACUUGGGGCAUCCCUAUUCCGGGAGAUGAUAGCCAUGUUAUGUAUGUAUGGAUGGAUGCCCUCACAAACUAUUUAACAGUCGCAGGAUAUCCGUGGAAAGACAGCGAUAUGGAAAAGAAUCAGGCUUAUGGAUGGCCUGCAGACGCUCAGGUUGUUGGGAAGGACAUAUUGCGCUUCCAUGCCGUGUACUGGCCCGCUUUCUUAAUGGCUGCAAAACUGGAUUUGCCAAAGAGAAUUGUAGCUCAUGCUCACUGGACACAAAGAAAGAUGAAGAUGUCAAAGAGCAUUGGAAACGUAGUGGACCCUUUCACAGCUAUGGAGGAAUUUGGUACCGAUACUAUUCGAUUUUACUUGAUGAAUGAUGGGGGGCUCGUAGAUGACACAGACUAUUCUUCCUCCUUAGUUAUGGAGCGUUACAGAAAGUUGCUUGCUGGCCAGCUUGGAAACCUUUUGAACCGAUCAAUUUCUUUGGCUCUCAAUCCAUCAUCGAAGAUCCCAGCAGCACCAUCCAUGGAAAACGUUCAUCCUGAAGACAAGCACUUGCAUUUAAGGCUCCAGGUAGUUUCAAAUGCUUAUAACGAUGCCAUGAGCAAUUACAGGACAACGCAGGCGACACAAGCAAUCUUUGAAAUGUUAGCAGAGGCAAACGUCCACAUCAGUCAAUGUAAACCAUGGGAUUUGAUCAAGGACCCAUCCAAGAAAGAUCGCUUAGAUACGGUGUUAUGGUAUUCCAUGGAAUCUGUACGCCUAGCCGCUCUGCUACUCCAGCCAAUCAUACCUACGAAAGCAUCAGAAAUACUAGAUCAGCUCGCCAUCACAAAGGAGGAACGGUCUUGGGAUUUUGCAUAUCUUGGUCGUGGUUGGAUGAAGGAUUUAGAGGCAAGACGCGUUCGUCCUAGUGGACCCGUGUUCCCACCAUUGAAGCCCACAAAAAAUAAGCAACUCUAGUCGCCAACAACAAUAAUGACCUCGAAAUGUCUAGCUUAACUUGAUUACAUAUUCAAAUAUACGUGACCAUUUAACCAUUG